AGCGUGUGAGGCGAGUACGCAUGCGCUUAACACUGUUUACGUUCUUACUCGUUGUAUGUUGAUUUCAACUGGACCGGCUUCAUAAACUGCACACUUUACGAACCGGCAUUGCGAACACCGACAUGGCCGCUGCUGUCCCGAACCCAGAGGACGCAGGCAGAAGCAGCGGUCCGACCACGGCCAGCGUUCUAGCAGGGGACGGGGAGUCCGAGGAGGCAGAGGAGUUCGCGUCUGCAACCCACUGCUCAGAGCUCUCCCGUCGGCAGAACGAGCAGCGGAAGCUCGGGCUCUUCUGUGACGUGACCCUGGCAUUCAGCAGCGCGACCAGUAGUGACUUCGAGUUUACCGCGCACCGCUCCGUCCUUGCCGCGGCAACCGACUACUUUACGCCGCUACUAGGGGGUCAGUUUUCGGAGUCGGUUUCGCGGCGGGUGGAGAUGAAGGAGUGGAGCAGCGAGGCAGGCCUCGACCGAGAAACGGUAGAGAGCGUCAUCCAGUUCAUGUACACGGGCGAGAUCCGUGUAAGCACCGCGAACGUACAUGAGGUUUUGGAGCUGGCAGACAGGUUUUUGCUGGUGCAGUUGAAAGACUUUUGUGGAGAGUUUCUCAAGAGGAAGCUUAGCUUAGGCAAUUGCGUGGCUGUCCAUAGCUUGGCACACAUGUAUACUUUGGAUCAGCUGGCCUUGCGUGCUGCUGACAUGAUAAGGCGCAACUUCCACAAAGUAAUCCAAGAUGAGGAAUUUUACACGCUACCAUUCCACCUGGUCAGAGACUGGCUGUCUGACGCAGAGAUUACAGUUGACUCAGAAGAGAUUCUGUUUGAUGCUGUGGUCAAAUGGGUUCAAAAGAACUUAGAAGAGCGUGAGAAGUAUUUUGAAGAGCUCUUCCGCCUCCUCCGCUUGCCACAGAUAAAGCCAACCUAUCUUACAAGAAUUGUGAAAAAUGAACCUUUGGUGAUACAAAAUGUGGCCUGCCUACAGCUUGUUUCAGAGGCUGUGGAGGGUCAUGCAAUCCGCUUUGAGAACCUCAAAUCCACUGAUACAGAGUUCUGUGCUUCGUACAUGGCCACCUUCCAGCCAAGGUUUGGCCAGAACAUGGAUGUCAUAAUGGUGGUUGGUGGUGUGUCUGAGGGAGGUGACUACCUAAGUGAGUGCGUAGGUUAUUUUGUGUACGAGGAUCGUUGGAUCAAUCUGCCACACAUUCACAACCACUUAGAUGGUCAUGCUAUUGCAGGUACUGAUAUGCAUGUCUAUGUGGCAGGGUCAAUGGAACCAGGAUUUGCCAAGACUGUGGAACGAUACAAUCCAAUUCGCAAUACCUGGGAACAAGUGAGCAAUCUCACCACACGUAAGCAUUCCUUUGGACUCACAUGCAUCAAAAAUGUUCUAUAUAGCAUUGGUGGACACGGCAACUUCAGCCCUGGAUUCAAAGAUGUGAGUGUCUAUGAGCCUGAACAGGACAAAUGGCACAACCUAGAGUCAGCCCCUAAAAUUUUGAGAGAUGUCAAGGCCAUUAGUGUUGAAGAUCGAUAUGUUUAUGUCACGGCACGAACACCUGUAGACACUGACAGUGAUGACGGAUUGAAAACCGUCACUACUCGUUAUGACACUGACAGUCGGCAAUGGCAAGAAGUCGACUCCCUACCACUUAUUGAUAACUACUGUUUGUUUCAAAUGGCUGUAGCAUCCACUAACUUUUACCAUACUGCUUCCUGCUGUCCCAAGAGCUACACCAAUGUACGGGACGAUGUAGCUCGACAAAAAAUUAGCACAAGGGUCUCCGAUGAUAUUCUUGAGAGCCUUCCCCCAGAGGUUACUAGUAUUGAGGGUGCUGCUAUCUGCUAUCUUGGCGAUGAUGUGUUUGUAAUUGGUGGCUGGAAGAACAGUGAUGAUGUGGAUAAGCAGUAUCGCAAAGAGGCAUAUCGUUAUUGUGCUGAACGCAAGCGCUGGAUGCUUCUGCCACCCAUGCCCCAACCACGCUGCCGUGCAACAGCAUGCCACGUGCGCAUUCCCUAUCGGUUUCUUUAUGGGUGCCAGCGAUAUCCUAUGCCACAAAAUUUGGCGCGGCAGAGGGAUCGCAUGCAACAAAUGCAGCAGUUACAUCGUCGGACAUUAACCCUGCGCAGGCAGCUACAAUCACAAAUUGAAUGCUGAAAGUCUUUAAAUCUCCACCGGGGGAGGUGCUGAAAUUCAGUGAACAUUAUGUCAUUAACAUUCCCUUUAUCCUGUUCUUCAGUAUGUUAUUUAUAUGUGUUGUGACUUUUGUCAUAAAGGGGGUGCUUAAAUGGCUAAAGAUGAUAAAGAGAAUGUGACUUAAAUGGAAUUGUAUGAAAAAUGGAUUUGAAAAAUAUGAACAUUUUUUACUUUAGAUCAGGGGUAGGCAACGUCGGUCCUGGAGUGCUGAUGUCCUGCAGAGUUUAGCUCCAGCUCUAAUAAAGCACACCUGAACAACUAAUCAAGGUCUAAAGAGUCACCUGUUUUAUCAGGGUUGGAACUGAAAUCUCAUGACAUCGGCACUCCAGACCCAACAUUACCUACCCCUGCUUUAGAUUAUAAAGCAAAAAACGGGUUCUUUAAAAAACCUUUGGCUAAGUGGUUCUUAGAGUAACCAAAAUGGUUCUUCUAUGACAUCACUGUAAAUAACCUUUUAAGCACCUUUAUUUUUAAGAGUGUAGCCUGUUUCACUCAUAAUUACUCCUUAGUUUUCUUCAGAUGUAGACGUUAUGUGAUAGUAUUGAUUAAUUUAACAGCAUGAGUAAAAUGUUCAGAGGUCAUCAUUGUUGUUUACAGAUUUUAUUGUGAUCAGUUUCAUAUCUUUUUAUUAUUCAGCCCUAUUUUCAUGUGAAAUGCCAUUUCCUGGCCUUAAGCUGGCAUGAGUUUGCCUUGUCAAUAUGCUGCAACUGCCAACAGUGGAAAUUAUGUAAUCUUUCAGUGUUGCUGUUUUUUUUUUCAAAGUGGGGGUUCAUCCUAGUGUUAUUUAACAUAGCAACAAAUCAGGACUUGCAAAAUUGGCACAAAGGUAACCACUUAAUUAUGUUUUCUUUCUAAAUUCUUUGUUGUGAUACUUUCCAGUUGUUUUAAAGAAGGAAGUUAAUACCAUUAUAGUCAAUUUAAAGUCUGUAUUUGAUUUCUGUAUUGAUCACAGCUUCAAUAACUAUAGCCACUCGAUAUCAGCACUAUGCCUCAACUUAAUUAUUUAUAUUUUGUUUUAAUUUAUUAUUAUUGAGAUUUUUCUACUUUGACAGCACAAGAAAUUACAAUGUCAUCUGUUAAUGACCUUUAUUAUUAAAUGAAUAGUUCUCCAAAAACAAAUUCACACGUGAUUUACUCACCCUUAUGCCAUCCCAGGUGUAUGCGAUUUAGUUUUUUUAGCCAAAUGUUACAAAAGAUUUUUAUAAAACAUGCAGUCUCAGAAAACAAAAUGUUGACAACCGAAAGAGCACAUCUAAAGUAAAAAUAUUUUUUUAUGUAACUUAAAUUAAAGACAAAUUACCAUUUAGAUAGAA